CCAUGAGGACCUACGUGCUGUUUGUUCUGGUGCUCUUCCCAUCUGCUCUGCUGGGACAGUCCAUCAAUGAUCGGUACAGGAAAUUCAUCAAUCAACACGUUAACCAGGGUAUGAGCCAGACGGCCUGUGAUGCAGUGAUGGGCAGAAGAAGAAUAACCGUAACCGAUAGCAACCAGUGUAAGGAGACCAAUACAUUCAUCAAUGCUGGGACCAAUGAAAUCAAAAAGGUGUGUAACGCAGCUGGACGUCCGUACCAAAACAGCCGUAACCUGAGGGUGAGCAACCAGCCUUUCCCUAUUAUAAACUGCAAAGAGAAGGGAAACCAUCGCUAUCCCAGAUGUGAAUAUCAGGGGCGCUCUGCCACCAAGUACAUCAUCAUUGGAUGUGAGGACGGCUUCCCUGUGCACUUUGAUGGCUUCUAUUGAUCAGGCAAAAAUAUCGAAAGUUAGAUGUCAUUGAGUUUAGUUUGGUUGAUUUAUUUUUAUUUUUUUGUAGUAUACAUAAAAAUGUGAUUAAAAACAGGCAGUAACCAUAGAUGUAAUUCUUUUCAAUAAACUUUUGA